AUGACAGAGGAUGAAAUUAAUACAAUGAUUGAUUCCAAAUCAUCGGAAAUAUUCAAUAGACAUAUACGUUCAUCAGAAUUAAAAUCAGCUUUUGAUGAUGCUAGCUUAAGGCAUAAUGAAAUAUUAAAUUUAGAAACAAAUAUCAAAGAACUUAGUGAUUUAUACAACGAUAUGAAUUUUCUCAUACAUGCACAGGGUGAAAGGGUGGAUCGAAUUGAUAGAAAUGUGAAUGAUGCGUUUAAUUAUGUGACAGCUGGUAGUCAGCAAGCACAGGUAACUGUACAAUGUCGACAAACGAUGGUAAAUAAAAAGUUGUAUUGUAGUGUUGGAUGUAUCAUAAUUAUUGGCUUAAUUUUAAUUGUUUUUAUUAUUUAUUUUUUAAUUAAAUGA